AUGUCCGAAGCCUACGAACGAGAGCGCCAAAACAACGCUCGUCUUGACGAGCUCUCCGCCAAGGUCUCCGCCCUUCGCGGCGUGACGGUUGACAUCUACGAUAAUGCCCGAGCCCAGGAUGUUAUCGACAACACCUCCGAUACCUUCUCCUCCAUGACCACACAGAUGAAGGGCUCUGCCGGUCGCUUAACUCGAAUGGCUGCAUCCGGCAACCGUGUCGCAAUCCUCAAGUUGUCGGGAAUCGUGAUUGGCGUUUUCUUGGUGUUGUUCUAUGGCGCAAAAGUGUUCUUUUAA